CUCGCACCUUAUCCUUCACCACUGGUGCAGGCGAAGCAAAAUGGAAACCCCCCUUCCUCUCCCUUCAGCAGCGGCAUUUUCCUUGCUAUCUGCGCUCUUCUUGUACCUCACCUUCAGAGCCUACCGCUCUCUAUGGUGGAAGCCCAAGAAGCUCGAGAAACUCCUAUGGCAACAGGGCAUCAAAGGCAAUCCUUACAGGGUUCUCUAUGGGGACAUGAAAGAGGAGAUGCGAGCAUUCAGAGAAGCGUGGUCACGUCCCAUGGACGGGCUCCAUCAUCGAAUCGUGCCGAGAGUCGUAUCGUUCAUGCAUCAGACCGUGCAAAAAUAUGGCAAGAUGUGCAUCAUAUGGGCAGGAAAGACUCCCAGAGUACUGAUAUGGGAUUCGGAGAUGGUGAAAGAGGUCUUUUCAGAAAAAUCCAGUCAGAUCAGGAAACCCCCACCGAAUCCUCUGAUAAGUAUCCUGGCCCAGGGAGUGGCGAGCCUCGAAGGCGAGGAGUGGGCUAAGAGGAGGAGAACAAUUACCCCAGCCUUCCAUCUGGAGAAACUGAAGAGAAUGGUGCCAGCUUUUGCAACUAGCUGCGAAGAUUUGAUAAAGAGAUGGGACGGGUUAGUUGGUACUCAAGGGUCCUGUGAGGUUGAUGUUAGCCCUGAGUUCCAAAAUCUCACGGGGGAUGUCAUUUCACGAACUGCCUUCGGAAGUAGCUACGAAGAAGGGAAGAGGAUUUUCGAACUACAGAAGGAACAAGCUGAACUGGCCAUUGAAGCUGCCCGUGUACCUUAUAUUCCAGGAUACAGAUUCAUCCCAACAGCAAAGAACAGGAGGAGGAUGUGGAUAUACAGAGAAAUCAGGACUAUCUUAAGAGAGAUGAUAGAUAAGAAGCUAAAAUACAUUGAAACUGAAGGAUCAGAAAGUGGAGAUUUACUAGGAUUACUCCUGCAGUUCACAAGUGGUGACGAUAAAAAGUAUGAAAUCAAGAUUGAAGAUGUGAUUGAAGAAUGCAAGCUGUUCUACUUUGCAGGUCAGGAAACAACAUCGACGUUGCUCACCUGGACAAUGAUUCUUCUGUCGAUGCAUCCCGUCUGGCAGCAGAGAGCUCGCGAAGAAGUUCAGAAAACCUGCGGGAAUAAUACACCGAAUAUGGAAUCCAUAAACCAGCUUAAAAUUGUAACCAUGAUAUUUCAUGAAGUUUUAAGACUAUACCCCCCUGUUACCUUUCUAUUACGCCAUACUUACAAGGAAACAAAGCUAGGAGAGUUUUGCUUCCCUGCUGGUGUAGAUUUCGGUCUUCCUAUAUUACUCAUGCACCAUGAUCGAGAAUUAUGGGGUGACGAUGCAGAGGAAUUUAACCCCGAGAGGUUUUCAGAAGGGAUAUCAAAGGCAACUAAAGGGGGUCAAAAUGCAUUCUAUCCCUUCGGAUGGGGACCGAGGAUAUGUUUAGGACAGAGUUUCGCUAUGAUUGAAGCAAAGAUGGCUCUAGCUAUUAUUCUACAGCACUUCUCCUUUGAGCUCUCACCUUCUUAUUCGCAUGCCCCAUAUACUGUGAUGACUCUCCAGCCACAACAUGGAGCUCAUGUUACCCUACGUCGACUAUAGGAUUUUAAACAGAAGAUUUUAUGUGGUUUUUGGUUAGGUCCUUACUUUACUUGUACCAAUAAAUAUCGGUAACACACAGAUGUGAAGCUGAUUGCUUAGGAGUUAAUACUCAUUUCUCUUUAUUUUAAAUUUCCCCCUUUUGGUACUAAUAAAUGCAGAAAAUGCAAAACCA